CACCUUCCUCACCUGUGACAUCGUCACAAGGCAACACACCCUGCGCAAUUAACACAGCAGUCUCAGGUGUCAGGAGGGAGAGCAAGAGAGAGAGAGAGAGAGAGACGCUCCACAGCACCUAGAGGACUCCACAUACAAACAAGUGACUUUCAACACAAAGCCCUCUGAUCCCAUGAUAUUGGUCACAUUAUGAAAUCACGCUACCUAUUCCUGCUGGUUUACCUCGUUGGAGCCACCACUGGAACUUCAAGGGCACAAGGGAAUACAACAUGUGGAACAGAAAGCUGCGGUCAGGAGCCGGACGCGACCUCCCGCUUCCUCCAGUGUGUCGGCUUGCCGUCCACUGACACAGGAAAAGACCACAUGCAGAGGCUGAAAGUGAUGCUUGAGGCCACAAUGGACGUGUACACCUUCAUGAAAUCCAGCAUGACCGGUGUGCCGGUCCUGAGCCUGGAAGGAGCUUUGAAUUUCAACCCCGGAGCAGAUCCUCUCCAGAAUGAAGCUCUGGUUCAGAUGUGGCUUGAGGUCAAAAUCAAACCUCUGCUGGGUUCCAUCACCAAACACUUCCUGUCCUGCCUCAGCACAAAGAACUUCAGCUGCUCCACUUAUCAGACUGUAGUGAGAGAACUCAGCAAAUAUUUUUCAGAGAUGAAUCCAGUCAGACAAAAGUGGAUCUACACGUUCUUCAUGUACCCCUUCCUGUCUGGAGAAAGAGUUGCAGGUUGUGUAAACGGCAAUGAAAGCAGCGAAGAAUGGCUGAUGAAGAAUUUUGGCGCCUUCAGAGCGAUGGCCCGAAUGGAGGACUUCACCAGCCUCAACAUGGUCUUCAGUGGGCUGGAGGUUCUCCACCUGCUCUCUCCUGCGCAAAAGGCUGAGCUGCUCUUAAAGCCUGAGGUGGCUGGUUUGGACAACGGCACCCUGACCCUGGUCUUCAAGAGUCUGCUGCCCGGUCAGCAAACGACUCCCAGCCCUGGAAACUCGUCUGUGGCGCCAUUUGGUUAUUCAUCUCCACCCAGCACUCUCAAAGAGAUCGCAAAUGGAUUCAUGACGGUUUUCAGACCCAUUGGAAGUUUUGCUCAUGAAUUUGUUUCUUUUACACGUCAGAGAGAUGUUUCAGAAAUAAAAAGCACCACUUUGACCCAGUUCCUACUUAACUGGACUCUGGCUGAGCUGGCAGACGUGUAUGAGCCGCCCACGGUUCCAGACAUCCCCCAGUUAGACGUGACCAACGUGGAGGACUGGUACCAGCAGGUGGUGCUGCCGCUGCUGCGCAGGUUCCUGCCGAACAACGAAGACCUGAUGCACCAAAACAUCACGCUGGCUUUUCACGAGCUGUAUUUUCUGGAACAUGGUGGGGAAAAUGAAUACGAUGAACUUCAGGAUGUCUGCAGCGUCACUCUUGAUAAGAGCCCUUGUGGGCUGACCGAUGCAGUGGAGAACGUAGCCCAUAUUAUGCACUGCGCUGCUAAAAGUGAGCUGACGAUGACUGAAGCAUCCAUCAUGAGGCUGAUUACUGAGCUGGCUGAACGUCUGCAGCUCCUGAUAAAAGAGUUUACCACAACAAACUUUGCAGAGCUGGCAUCUGACAUUAAGGAGAUAUUCAACGAGAAUGAGCCUCCAACUCUGACCCAACAUCACCUGGACGAUCCUGAAUUCAUCAAACUCUGGUACCAGAUCAAACUGCUCCCCCUGCUGCCAGACGUAAACCCAGACCUCCUCUCCUGCCUGAGCACCAAAAACUUCUCCUGCCCCGUUUACCAAACCCUGGUGGUAGCACUGGGUGAGAGCAUGAGGCAAAUGGAUGCCGACAUGAUGUACAGUCACAACAUCUACAGAUAUUUCAUCUACUCCUUCCUGAAUCACAACACCACUGAACCCCAGUGCAUCUCCUCAGCCAAUCAAAGUGCAGAAUGGGUGAAGCUGAACUUUGGGUUCUUCUCAAGCUUUGCCUCUGUCAUCGACUUCUACCAGCUCAACCCUGGUUUCUCUGUGUUGGAAGCUCUGCAGGUCCUGACCCCGAAGCAGCUUGCAGAAAUGCUGCUGCUGCCUCUUCCUGAUCCAACAGAUAAAGACACCGUUAUGCACGCAGUGUUUGACUUCUUGUUGGAGUCACCAGAAGACAGAAAAUUUACCGACGUUCUGCACUUCGUGGUCCAGCUUGCCAAAGAGGCUAAUCCUCCCUGCAGUGUCUAUCAACUCAUUUUUGAACGGAUGUACAGAGCCCUAAGGGUGAUUCCUCCAGACUUGGAGCCGGUUAUUUGGGCCCGCAUAGAUGAUCUCAUGGGAAUCGCGCCGGCGGAGUGUGUACCGGCAGAAGUCACAUGCCAAGACAUGCAGAUCAACAGUACUUCAAUCUGUCGAAGCAUCAACAGCUCCGUUCUUCAGUCAUACCUCAACAACCACACGCAUGUUUCAUGUAGCUUCACCUUGGAGGAAUAUGCUUGUGCUCAGCUGGAGGACUUCAUGGCCGAACAGCUGGCUUCCCUGAUGAGGUGUAAUCUGCCCGGCAACGGCAGCCAUUCCAGGGUCCUGUGGAAGUUGCUGCUGACGAAACUCUCCAGCGUUUUGAACCCCGCGCUGGACAUGCUGGCCAACACGUCGGUAGGAAUGAUCCCGUCAGCGGAGGCCAUUUUGGAUGUGAUUCAGGAAAUGAGGCUGUCGGUGCUGACCGAUGGGGAGCUGACAAACAGCAACGUGAUCCACGUGUGGUUCACAGAGCGUCUAAGCGUCUUCCUGCCAUCUGCAUCGGGGCGCUUCCUGCUCUGUCUGACCAGCAGGAACUUGAGCUGUCCAUCAUAUCAGCAAAUACUUCAGGUAUUUGUUGGCCACUUUGAGAAGAUGCCCUUCCAACAGCAGCUUGUGGUCCUGAAGGAUUUCAUCCUUCGUUUCCUUCUGAACGCUCACUCAGGUCCAGGAUGUUUGUCCUCCUUCAACAACAGCACACAGUGGCUGACCGACAACUUGGGUCCAUUCUCAGAGUUUGUGAUCGUCAGCGAGCUGAUCCGUCUCAACCCACUCUUCAAACCGCUGGAGGCCUUACAUCUCCUCACACCAAAUCAGACUGCAGAGCUGCUGGGACUGACGCGUCCUGAAAACACAGACACUGUCAUCAACACUCUCUUUGAUUACAUGACCGAAGCACCAGAGGACAGGAGAUUCACAAAGUUCCUGUCAGCUUUGGUCAUGUUUUCCAAGACGUUGAACCUUUCCUGCUCAUCCUAUAAAACACUGUUCACCAGACUGGACGACGCCAUGGCAACAGCUACUUCUGACGUAGCUUCAGCCAUCACAUACACUAAACUGGCUUUAUUCAAACAACUACCAUCUGACUGCAUCAUAUACAAUGUGCAGUGCAAUGUAACAAUGGCAAAUGAGACAGACAUAUGCAGGGGAGUCAACAGCACAGAGCUUCAGAUCCUCCUAGACAGAUCAACGAUGGCCGGACGGCACUGCAGCUUCUCUGUGGAGGAAUUUGCCUGUGCCUCUCUGUCAGGUUUAACAGCUGGGGAUCUGGCAGCCAUGUUGGGCUGUGAUAGGCUCUCCAACUCAAGCGGCUCCAAACCUGCCUGGAAGCUGCUGCUAUCCAAAGCCUCCAAGGUCCUGGAUCAAGCUCUGGAUCUGCUGAGCAACAGCACGCUCCGUCCUGAACAUCCUUCUGCCUCCAUGAUCCUGGACUCCAUACGAGAACUCCGGCUGCAUGUCGUCAACAAAACCCUCCUCAACAAUCCCGCCUUCGUCCAGCUGUGGUUCGGCCGCCGCCUUCGUCCGUUCCUGCCAGCUGUUUCCAACGACUUCCUCUCAUGUCUCGCCAUCGAAUCACUGGACUGCAGCACCUACCAGUACAUCGUGAAGACAUUUAGCGAAGUUCAGUCACGCAUGUUAAGUGGAAGGCAGCUGUCUGUCUUUACACACUUCAUCACAGGCUUCCUGACUACAAACAACACUGCAGAUCCAGGAUGUUUGUCCUCCUUCAACAACAGCACACAGUGGCUGACCGACAACUUGGGUCCAUUCUCAGAGUUUGUGUCCAUCAGUGAGCUGAUCCGACUCAACCCACGCUUCAAACCGCUGGAGGCCUUACAGCUCCUCACUCCAGAUCAGAAAGUGGACCUGCUGAGACUGACGCUUCCUGAAAACAAAGACGUUGUCAUCAAUACUCUCUUUGAUUACAUGACCAAAGCACCGGAGAGAGGUUUCUCAGAGUUCCUGUCAUCCCUCGUGAGAUUCACCGAGAUGGGAAAACUUUUGCUUUCCUGCUCAUCCUACAAAACACUGUUCACCAGACUGGACGACGCCAUGGCAACAACUACUUCUGACGUAGCUUCAGCCAUCACAUACACUAAACUGGCUUUAUUAAAACAACUACCAUCUGACUGCAUCAUAUACAGUGGGCAGUGCAAUGCAACAAUGGCAAAUGAGACAGACAUAUGCAGGGGAGUCAACAGCACAGAGCUUCAGAUCCUCCUAGACAGAUCAACGAUGGCCGGACGGCACUGCAGCUUCUCUGUGGAGGAAUUUGCCUGUGCCUCUCUGUCAGGUUUAACAGCUGGGGAUCUGGCAGCCAUGUUGGGCUGUGAUAGGCUCUCCAACUCAAGCGGCUCCAAACCUGCCUGGAAGCUGCUGCUAUCCAAAGCCUCCAAGGUCCUGGAUCAAGCUCUGGAUCUGCUGAGCAACAGCACGCUCCGUCCUGAACAUCCUUCUGCCUCCAUGAUCCUGGACUCCAUACGAGAACUCCGGCUGCAUGUCGUCAACAAAACCCUCCUCAACAAUCCCGCCUUCGUCCAGCUGUGGUUCGGCCGCCUUCGUCCGUUCCUGCCAGCUGUUUCCAACGACUUCCUCUCAUGUCUCGCCAUCGAAUCACUGGACUGCAGCACCUACCAGUACAUGUAA